CUUUUAUUCUUUUAAUUCUAUACAAUUCACAAUUUAUAUUCCUCUAUAUCCAUCAUCCAUCUUAUUCUCACCUUUCCUCAUCAUCUCUUCUCAAAUCUCCACAUUUCUCCUGGCGCUGCUUCAAGUUACUGUACCUUAACAUAGCCUUACCCAGCCACAGCUCGCCCGCUAAACUGUCAUCCAAUCCACCGAAAAUCCACCCAAUCCCACCAUCCCACUACCCACCAACCACCCUCCACCGAACCCCGACCGACCCUCAUUAGCCUACUACAGUAACUGCUGUACCCUGGAAAUACUUGGGACUAGUUUUCAGCCGUAUCGCGUUCCUUCGAACCUGAACCUGACCUUAUUGCGUGGCCUUCGAUCACCAUUUCUCAUCAAAAAAACAACCUCCUUGGGAUUGUAAACUUUCGCUCUUUACUCCUCAGUGAAUCGCAUACAUGACGGAACUGGCACUCUGAGGGCCGUAACAGUUUACACUGGCCGCAAGGCAGACACACAGCUAUGUCGAAGCCAUACCCUGAUACCUUCGACUCGCCGUUACCUUCACGCGCGGCCGCUGCUCCAGCUCCCGUCUCCUACCAGGCGAACGUCAACCGGCAGAAGACGAAGAAGUGGGUAGACGCGAAGCCCGGUAACUACGGUGGCGACGACUGGGGGGACGACUACGAUGACGGCUACGGCGACGCUCCCCCUCCUCCCCCGGUGCCCAAAGUAACGGGUUUACGGCAGCCGGGACAGGGUGUGCGGAACGACGUCGGCAUUAAGAAGACAUAUGGCGAGCUCCCGCAUCUGCCAAAGGACGCGCAAGACAGGAGCUCCACAAACCCGCCCUUGCUUCGCCAGAGCUCCUUCUCGAGGGAUGACGAGCGCCGAGCUUUCUCGAGCGGACCGUCGCAACAAGACGCUUUACCGAGCAAUCCGGUGGCCGUCGCAGCUGCGACUCCGAGCCCUCCACUGCGCCUUGCAAGUCAGCGCAAGCAACUCCCUCCUCCAGGCACUGAGAGUUCGGCGCGGUCAUCAUACGCGGAGUCGAGCAGGUCGUCUGCUCAUACUGCAUCGGACGCGCGAUCCGCGUCUGGCGAUGCGCAUAACAACUAUCCCACACACGACGUUACCUCGCCCUUGAGGUCCGCCGCGUUAUCCCCUCAAGCGAGAGCUGCGUCCCCUUUGAGUCGGUCAGACUCACCACCUGUGAAUGUAGCAUCUCCACCCGCUCAAUUCUCUCCACGAAACACCACCUUAAACCAAGCAACGGUGCCGGAUUCCUCGGCUGCAGCAGCCCCAGCUCCUGCUCCUGCCGCGUCGGUUGCGAAAGCCCUCCCUUUCAUUCGACCUGCAGACAUCUAUAAACGUCUUGAGGAGGAACGACAAAGAAAGGCUUCCGGUGAUUCUAGUAUAGACUCAGCAGCGGCUACAAAUCCCGAUACACAGUCUUCACCAGCAUUGCCCUUCCAGGCUGCAGAACCUGUGAUUCCAGCACCCGUUGAACCUACCAAUUAUAACAGGGGCGGAUACGAUACAUACGAAGAAGAUGUACCUGAUUACGGAAGGCAAGCCGAUACAUAUGAAGAGGAGGCACAUGACUAUGGACGGAGGCAGGCGCCAAUGCUCGAGUCUGUGCAAGAAAGGAAAAGCGAAUAUGGGUUCGACGACAUGGCUGCAAAGUCGCCGGAGGCCGCUCAGAAGCUUCAGCAAGAAGUGCAGAAGCAAGAAGCCCCGGUUCAGCAAUAUCAGCCACAAAUACAGGAGCCUGCGCAACAGGCCGAUCCCGAGGCUGCAUCUGACGCUGACGCAAAGAGGCGCUAUUCUAUGAGCCCGAAGUUACCAGACCUACACAGGAUGUCUGGUUUCGGCUUUGAUAUGUGGUCCCAGUCAGCGCCCGACGCAAAUGUUGCAAACUCUCCCGUUGCCGAGCGACAGGUGCCAAAUGCCGGUGAACAACCUCUCCAAAGGCAGGAAUCUCUAGGAUUCACGUCAGUUGUGCACCAGGCGUUCGAUAGGACUGAUUCGAUACCCGAAACACCUACUUCGCAGGGCACAAGCAACGUUCGACGCACUGAUAGCGACAGCACUGGCACUGCCGGUAUUAGCCCAAUAAUGAGCCGAGUGUCCAGUGGCGCAAACCCCGACUCUCGCGGACGAACGCAGGAGCCAAAAGAUAACUUGACUCCGGUAAUUGCCGAAGAGAAGGAACCGGACUCUCGGAGAGCUUCCGCCAUUGUGGCAGAGGAACCUAACCAGACGCCGUUCCACAUGGGUCACCGUCGGGACCUGAGCGCACCCAGCAAUGGGAAUAGUCCCGCGAGGUCACCACACUUGGAAACUGCCACCUUGGCUCCCCAGUCAGGGGAGGUGGCACAAGUCGCUGAUGAGACUCGUCCGAUACUUCCGACAGCGGUUUCGCGACUUUCGCGGCCAGACCUGCCUGGUGCUUGGAACUCGUACUCCACAACCGCUGAGUCAGCUGCUGGUGAAGUUACACAAAACAAGGAUAUUGAUGAAGACCCGACUCCUGUCGAACCGUCCCAGUCCCCUGAGACAGCUACAUCGCCGCAGCCUCUCGCAACCUCCGGUGCAGCACCAUCCCCACCUCUUAAGGAUGAUGUGACUCUACCACCGCUUACAACUAGUAAGGCUGAGGAUCUGCAUGAAUCUGCUCCAAAGGAUGAUUCAGAGACCCAGAACCCUCUAAUGAAGCUUCCAACGUUGAGCACCAACGCCAGCCCGACAGACGACGAGACUGACAGGCUACGCAAGGAGAUCGUGAGGAGCUUGAGUCCGCGCGAUUCAACUUCUAUCGCAGAUCAGGACUGGGUUCCGCCACCAAACGCUGCAGCAAGGCAGUCGACUCUGGGUCUUCCAGCACCGAGUGCGCCUCGUGAUAGCAUGUAUUUGCCGAGCGAGUAUGACAACUAUUGGGCAGAGACGGAGGAGGAUGCGCAGGUAGAGUCUCAGACCCAAGAGCAGACUGCGCCAGUUUCGGAUGCAGCUGCUUCGAGCUAUAUAGCUUCCACCGGGCUCCACAAUGUCGAAGAGUCUGAGGACAUCCCAGCAAUUGCUCCUUUGAGCCCAAAACGCGCGUCAAUGCUUCCUGUUGAACCAACCCAGCAUACAUUGGAGCGUAAAUUCUCAUGGGAGGCGGCGCUGCCAGAGCAAGUGACGACUGUGCCUGAGGAUAGCCAGUCACCACCUGUGAUUGUGUCUCCUCAGCCUAUCGUUGCUGAACUAGAGGCUGAGCAGGUUUCAGUUCCGGGGGCUACUGUAGCUCGUUCGGAUUCUGCGUCUCCUGCGCCGCUAUCUCUUCGUAGUCCUCAUGCGUCUGGUGCUCAGCCAGAGGACCACAAGGAUAGUGUCGGUUCGGAAGGCAUCGUUGCCGGAGCUGUCGUAGCUGCUGCGGUGGUUGCCCCUGCUGUUAGUACCAUUCGACCUGUGUCUGCUGAUUCAGAGGAUGUUGGUUCUUCUUCCCAGGCGCCACUUCCGUAUAGCAAGGCUAUGUCUACAGAGGGAACCGACACCGUAUCUCCGAUGUCUGCCAAGGUUGAGCCUGUCAGGUCUCAGUCACAGCAGAUCAACUCUAUGCUAGACAUCGGCGGGCCUCAAACAAGUCCGCCUCCACAAGAUGGACCGCGACAAUCGCUCCAGCAGAACGAUGUGCCUCGUCCCCAGAUCCCCGUGGACCCCACAAUGCCCAAGCCAUUCAAAGAGAUCAUGUCUCUGAAUAGCCCACAGCAGCGCAUCAACGCUUACAACGAGAGCCGCCAACAAUUCGCAACCAUGGACUCCGGGCUAGCAAACUGGAUGCACGCCACCACCGCCCUACCCCAUCUCCAAAACCCACUCGCCUCCGCAGGUGCCGGAGCAGGUGCCCAGGCACAACGUCCAAAGUCCGGUAACAUCCUCGCGCCCCAACCACAGCCAUACUACCAACAAUACCUAAACGCCAGCACGCCCACCGCAUCCCCUCCACCGCAAGCGCGCUACAGCGGCGGCACACCCACGACGGGGACGCAGGGCUUUGGGUCGGCCAGCAGCAAGACGACACAGCAGGUGCAGCAGGUGCAGGCGAAGUCGAAGGAGCUGCUCCACACGGCGGGCAUCUUUGGGGGGAGGGCGAGCAAGGCGGGCAAGGGACUGCUGGCGAAGGGGAAGAGCAGGUUCAAGGGUUCGGGAGAUAAGGACGCAAACAGCCCCACCACCAUCGACACAACCAAAGCCGGCAAAUCCUCCCGCCGGGCCUCCUGGGCCUUCUCCCUCUCCUCCAGCCCCUCCACCGCUCGUCCAUCCACAUUCAGCGGUGCGGAGCCCUCAGCGCCGUUUGGUCAGACGACCCAGAAUCGAAGCUCGGAGUCGAGUGAUUCCCUGCUCGCUACUAGACGGCAGUCGACGUCUAGCGAGCAGACGCCUGCGAUGAAGAUGUUUGCUCCUGCUGGUCAAACCGCUCCUGCUGCUGUCGCGCCGGUAGCACGAGUGGUAGAGCAGGCUCAGAAUUUCCUCGAACUCAACCUCCCCACCUCCUCAACGCUACGGGACGCAAGAUGGGGCUCUGAAACCGCCGCCACCUCCACUGAAGAUGGGAGUGCACGGACCCGCGAGGGCGGCGUCGCUGAAUUGGCUGCGGGGGAGGGGGGGGAUAUAGCGCCCCCUGUGCCGAUUGGGAAGUAUCAGCCUAGUUGGGAUCCUUAUAACGCGACUCCUAUUGUGGAAGAAGAGGGGUUCGGGUGGGAGAGUCCGCCGAAGGGAUCUGCGGUUCCUGUUCCGGCUAGGGGGUGGAGUGGUGUCGAUGAGACUGUUGUGCCGGAGACGGUUCCGGAGACAGACGUUGAGCGUGAGGUCCCUGCGGAAAGAGAGGUCCCUGGGGAGACAGAGGGAGGGGGGUGGGUAAUGGUGGCGGAGGAGAGUGUGAGGAGGAUUAUGGGAGCCGUGGCGAAUGGAGCGAGGCCGGUGCAUGAGAGGGGUGACAGUGAGGUUUCGGCGAUGACGGUCGGGCCGGCGAGUGAGGGGCAGGUGGUGUUGGAGAGCUUGGAGGAGGGGAGUGAGGUGCCUGUUGUUGAGGAGCCUGCUGUUGAGGAGCCUGUCGUUGAGGAGCCUGUCGUUCAGCCCGAGCCGGUCGCUGAGCCCGUUGAUGAGCCAGUUGAUGAGCCAAUCGAGGAAGAGCAAGCCGUCGAAGACCCAGUCGCUCAGCCAGUCGAGGAGCCGAUCGAGGAAGAGCAAGCCUUCGAAGAGCAAGCCGAAGAGCCAGUCGAAGAGCAAGCCUUUGAAGAGCCAGAGCCGGUCCUCGAGGAACCAGCCGUCGAAGAGCCAGUCCUCGAAGAGCCAGAGCCAGAGCCAGCACUCGAAGAGCCAGCCGUUGAUGAGCAACAAGUCGCCGAUGAGCAAGCCGCCGAUGAGCAAGCCGCCGAUGAGCAAGCCGCCGAUGAGCAACAAGCCGCCGAUGAGCCAGCCGUUGAUGAGCCAGCCGUUGAUGAGCCAGCCGUUGAUGAGCCAGCCGUUGAUGAGCAAGCCCAAGCCGUUGAUGAGCCUGUCGCUGAACCAGUCCAAGAGCCAGUCGAAGAGCAAACCGUCGAAGAGCAAGUCAUCGAUGUGCAACAAGCCUUUGAAGAGCAAGCCGUCGAAGAGCCAAUCGUUGAAGAGCGAGCCGUUGAUGAACAAGCCGUCGAUGAGCCAAUCCUCGAAGAACAAGCCGUCGAUGAGCAAGCCGUCGAAGAGCCAACCGUCGAAGAGCCAACCGUUGAAGAGCCAGUUGUUGAGGAGCCCAUCGUCGAAGAACCCACCAUAGCGGAGACAAUCAUUACGGCUAUACUGCCGCACAUCGCUACCAAUGGCUUUACACUGAAACACUUCAACUCUGAAAUCCCAGCUACCAACAACGCCGAGGUCUCCCGCGAACAGACCUACCUCUCUCCCGUCGACACUUCAAUCGCAGACAACAGGCGCCAAGCCGGCCCCUGGAGCCCUGGCGCAACCGUCGAGACGCCCACUUCCUACGCCGAAACCCCAACUGGCUUAACCCCCUCGGCCGACCAACCCUCCUAUGCAGCAGCGUUCUCCGCUCUGCCCCCAAUCCGUCGCUCCAGCACAUUCGACUAUAACUCCGUCACUCGCCUUGUCAAAACGCUCAGCAACGAGGCGGUUGAGCAAGAUGAUGUGCGUAGCUCCGGCGCUGUGUCUCCGGUCUCAGUCACAGAAGAGCCGCGGGAGAUGAUCCCGGAGCAACCGGCCGCGGCAAUCGAGACAGCACCGCCCGCAGAGCCAACAUCCCAGGAUAGAGGCUCAGACGAGACAGUGCGUAAGGAGACAGUGCGCAAGGAGGUGGUACGAAAGGAAACCCAGCGAUACUCGUUCCAAGAUGACUUUGACGAGCCUGAACCUGAGAUUCUGAGUCGCCCCUCUACAAUGAUAGCGCCGCGUAAUGGCGACGUGCUGCAAGUCGCCCCGACCCCACCACGAUCCGUUUCUCCAGGUGGCAGACCGCUCGUUCCCCCGAUUAUUACGAAUCAGUUGACUUCGGAGCCUCAGGUGGGGCCGGGGUUCGUGGGGCAGAUGCUUGAGGCGCCGGGGGCGCAGCAGUUUCCUCCAGUGCAGCAGCAGCAGAGGCAGGAGGAGGAGUUUUCUCCUGUGUCUGAGCCGCAGGUGCAGCAGGUGCAGCAGCAACAGCAACACCAGCAACAACACCAGCAGCAGUAUGUUCCGGUACAGCAGGCGCCGGUGCAGCAACAGCAGCAGUAUGUUCCAUUGCAACAGGGACAGUAUCCUCCUAGUGCCCAGGGGCAGUUUUCGCCUGUGCAGCAGCAGAGGCAGUUCUCCCCAGUUCCUCAGGGGCAGAUGGCGCAGGGACACCAGGGACAGUAUCUUCCUAUGCAGGUACACCAGGGACAAUAUCCUCCUAUGCAACAGGGGCAGUAUCCUCUCGGGCAGCAAGGACAGUUCGCUCCAGUGCCGCAAGGGCAAUAUCCUCAGCAGGGACAGUAUACUCACCCACAACAAGUGCAAAUGCAUCCAGGACAACAGGGACAAUACCCUCCUCAGCAGGGACAGUAUCCUCCAAUGCAGCAGGGUCAGUUUGCGCCUGGACAACAGGGGCAUCCGCAAGGUUAUAUGCUUGUAGCACCACACGGACAAGUACCUCAGUUGCAGCAUGGGCAGGUAUCCCAGAUGCCUCCUCAGAUGCUCGCUCAACAACAAGGAGCUCCUCGAUUACCGCAGGAGCGGAUGCCUCCAAUGCAACAAGGCCAGAUCCCUCCAGCACGGCAAGGGCCAAGACAAUCCAUGCCACCAUCUGCGCACCAGCGACGAUCAUCAUCAGAUGCUCAGCCUCGAAUGCGCCCGGUUUCAAACUCAAGUCAAGGAGUGCCUAUGAGCGCCGGCGGUUUCCUGCAGCAAUCUACCCCGCAGCAAUUCCAGCAAGGCCAACAGCAGCGAACCUCCAUUGAAGCUAUGCGCAACCGCCCACCUUCUUUGAGUGGUGUGAGCCAGCCUCCUAAGAUUACGCCGCAAUACACUGAGAACCGUCAAUCGAUGUCACGCGGCAGUGCUAUUCAGAUACCGCCCUCGUCGUCGGAGAGAUACCCCGAGCUCUUCCAGCCACAGCAGGAUAAGGCUCUUCCGAAUGAAGCAGACCGCGAUGUUCCACCAGAGUAUCCUUCCGUUGAGAGAGGACACCUGCCAAGACAGCAGGCUACUGAAUACGAAAUAGCCGGCGUUGGUCCACCAAUGGAUGAUCCACGGAAUGGCUCAGUGAGGCAUUCCCGAAAGCCCAGCAUCCUAAAAGAAAUCGGAGGCCGACUUUCGCGAGGCUCAAGCCUCGAGAGGAACCUGUCAGCACUGGAAGACGAUGGUACUCGUGAGAUGAGGGGUCAACUUGACUCGAGGAGAGAUUCGAUAGCAAGCUCGGAUGAUAUGUCUCUCAAUGACCCAGAAAAACCAGUUGAGAGGAGGAGAAGUCGCAUAAUCGCAGCACUGAGUCCAUCGGCUAGAGGCCCAACUCCAGAUAUUCCUCCCCAGAGCCGCGAAAGCAUGGUUACUCAUCGACCUUCGCAAGCUAAUUUGCUCGCCAACACUCCUGCUCCAGGUAGCCCAUUAGCGCCGCCUGAAAAGAGGAAGACCUUCUUUGGCAGGAGCGAUACUGGAGGACUGGAGAAAAAAGAAGACAAGCCAAGGAUGUUCAGCAGACAGUCUACGCUGGUGACCAUGGACUCAACACAGCCUGGUAAAGAGAAGAAAAACAGAUUUUCGGCGAUAAGCAGCAUGUUUACGGGUAAGAAGGGAGAUGCUGAUCGAGGAAGGGGUUCCUCAAGGCAUGGAACCUAUGUCCCGAGCAUAUUGCCUGGGAUCAUGAUUCUGGUCAAGAAUGAGAACGAAAGGCAGAUCCUGGAGCAACAGGGACUCGUGAAGAGACCUCAUCCGCAAGUGCAGGAUCAGCUGCCUGCCCAACAGCAGCAGGUUCUGGUUAACCCAGCAGCUCUCCAGCGCAUAAAUACGGGUGAGGCGCCUCGUCAGCAGCAAGGCCAGAAUAUACAGGGUCGUCCGGUCCACCAACAAAUGACCCCCAUUGCACAGCAGCCGCCGCCGCAACAGUUUCAAACAAUUGCCCCGUUGAGCAACCGACAAGACUCUAUCCUUACUAUCGGGUCCAUUGGAGAGCCGGUAGAGAAGCAACGCACGCAGCCAACUGGCACCCCACAGCAACAGAUGGUUCCGCCCGUUAUAGCACAAGGCCAGGUCCGCGGGACUCCACCGCAAGUGAACCCCAAUGCGCAACAACCGCCGCAGGGAAAUAACAAGUCCAUGCCUCCUCCUCCAGUGUUUGGCUCAGGACGCAUUUCUGAAGAGCCAAUUGAUUUGCAUCAGCGAAAUAUAAACGCUGCGCCACAUCAGCAAAUCCAGCCAAUGGGAAUCCCUGGAGGUCAGCCUACACCGCCCCGCAUGCCAAACUCACAGCACCAGGCUCCAGUUGCUUCUACGACAUCCAGAGAGUCAACUCCAAGGCCAACUGCCGAUGCAGAGCGCCGUGCAAGUGUGAUCUCGGGUCCCGACCCUGAAGAUCGUCUACGUCGCCGCACUACACAGCCAAUUGAGACCCCGCCUGGACAGCACCCGGAGGAUAAGUCACUCAUUGUAAAUCGCCCAGUAGUAGCGCAGGCGCAGGGUCAGGAACGAGCUUCCAUGAUCCAGCAGAAAGUGACACCUCCUAGCCAGAUCGCAUAUCGACCAGAGGAUAUACACCAGCUGCCGUUUCAACAGCAACAGCCUCCUCCCAUCCAAAGGCAGCAGACUUUCAAUACGGUUCCAGGUCAACAGCACCAGGGAGUGUAUGAGACGCCACCCAUGCAACACCAGCAGAUGUAUAUGAACUCUCAGGCGCAGCAGCAGCACCCAUCGCAGCAACAACACGCAGAGCAAGCACGACAACAAUACGCCCAGCAAAUGCACGCCCAGCAGAUGCACGCGCAACAACAGCUCGCACAGCAACAGCAAGCGCAGCAGCAGCAAAUGUACAUGAACCAACAGCAACAGCAACAGCAACAAAUGUACACGCCUCCACCAAUGCAGCAGGGAUUCCAACAGGUGCCUCGAGUCCAGUCUCCAGCCAUGUCGCAGCAUACCUCGUCACCACCCCCUACUGCUCCAGCAGUCGCACCCGUGCCAGCCAAAGCCAAGAAGGGUCUCUUCAGCUCACUCCUCGGCGGGCGCCGCAGCUCAGCCAUGGCAGACAAAUCGUCAAACAACCAGCAAGCCCCUCCGGCCCAGCAAACCCCUCCACCACAAAACUACAACAUCGCACCCAUGGGCCAACAACCCCUGCAACAGCAACAAUACUACGUCACCCCUCCCAUCCCCGGCGCCUACGCCCUCGUCCGCGGCGAAGGUACCCUCGCCCCAACCGGCUACGACCCCCGCGGCCUCAACCAACCCCAACCCGGCCCCGCCCGCUCCCGCCUCCCGCCUCACAUGAUCGAAGAGUACCCCGGUCGUCCCAACGCGCCCGCCAUGAACUACGCCUCGAAAUGGGCCGCACAAGACGCCGCCGUCCAAGCCGCGCUCCAAGCCAAAAAGGACGAGGAGUGGAACACCCCCCCCUCCGUCCCCUUUCUCAGCCCCGAGAAAACAGCUGCCCGCCGACUAAGCAGCGAGGAUCUCCUCGCGCGCUCACCGGCGAGGGGCCAGUUUGGUCAGCAGGCUCCGUAUCAGUUGAGGUUGCCGGGGGAUGAGGAGAUGAAGCGCGAGAAGAGCAGGCAGGCGGCUGAGGCGCUGAGACAGGCGGAGGAUGCGAGGAUUGCCGCGGAGGCGGUGAUGCGUGCUGAGGCGGCGGGGGUGGUGAUGCCGCCGACGAGGGAGAAUACACUUAUUGCCCCUGCGCCGCCGCCAAAGAGCGUGUCGCCUGCUAGCGCGGAGAGUAGAGUGAAGGCGCAGGCGCAGAGCCAGUCGCCUAGUCCGAUGCCGAAGGGUACGGAUACUGGGCGUGUGAGUGCGGGGACGCCGCCGGUGGUGGCGGGGCCGCAGAAGCCGUUGGAGAGGAGUGAUACGAUUACGAGUGCGGUUAGUAAGAUGUCGAGUAGUGGACGUGGGAGUCCUGCUGUGAACGCGCCGGGUGCUGCUGCCGCAGCCGCGGCGGCCGCGACGGUGGGUGCUACUAUGGGAGGAGGAGCGGUGGGAGAGAGGAGGAUGUCGAGGAUUAUGCCUGAUCAUGAGGAGAAGAUCUAUGAUGAUUCGCGCGAGGGGAUGAUUGUAGUUGAGGACGCGACGGUGAGGAGAGUGAAUGGAACGAUGGUGGGGGGUGUUCUUCACGAGGAGGAUGAGGAGGGACCGAAGGUGAAGAUGAGCGCUACGAGUUUCCCUGGGGAUGAGUGGAGGCCGUGGAUUGAGGAGGGGGAGGGCCUAUAAAAUAUCGCGCGAGGCCGUGUGUUUUCAUAUUUUUUGGUUUUAUUUUGGUCGAUUUUUUUGUGUUCUACUUUAGCCAUUCGGGUUCUUUGUUCCUUUGCGACAGAGCGGAUGUAUAUACCCUGUAGAUUUGUAAUACAGCGCACGAUGGGGGUGAAGCGAUACCCUUUUUCAUAUGUUCAUACAUAAUUUAGAGAGGCCUGGAAGCCGAUAAAUGGAUGAGAUUGUUCUAUAUUA